AUCAGCAUCAAAAAAAAUAUUUUUAACAACAUGUGUUUUUGAACUGCACAUACAGUUUAGGAUCGUAAGCUACAAUGUAAAAAGUUUACUAUUAAUUAACACUGAGUGUGACUUCUUUGUCACCACUGAAAACUGACUAAAAAGGCCUCUUCUCAGUUACAUCGAGUAUAUAAAAAUGUUCACUGCCAAUGGGAGUUAUUGAUUUUUCAGCUUCUUUAAAAAAAAUUUUUAAUUUUCCAGAUAAAUAUUCUGUAUCAAAAUAUUUGUAUUUUUCAUUUUAAUUACCAUUACAGAUGGAGGAAGAGAUUGAUGUUGCAGUGUCCCUGGAUGAGCUCACUUUAGACCUUGCAGGAGAUGUUCCAAAUACAAAUAAGGAUGUAGAUAUUGGGAUGCCUGAUUUCCAUCUUGACUCAUCUCUUACUGGAGACCAUUUCAAGAUUGAUGAUUUUACCCCGAACAUCUCGUCUAAACCACAAAAUGCACACAGUGAAACACAGAUGUAUACCAAGGACCAAGGAGAUCAGGGGGUUGGACACUGUUACCAGGUUGAUAGUCUUGACAAGGCAGAGCUUUCUGAGACCACAGACAUUCCAGUCGACCCUUGUCAUAUGGAUCCUUUAGAGAAUACUAUUGUACUUGACUUAGAUUCCGCUACUGAACCAGGAGAAGUUGAUGACUUUGAGGCUGAAAUCCCACCCCUGGCAUUGUUUCCAAGCACAAAGAAUGAUGAUAACUCAGAGGAUUCAGACUCUGAAUUUGAAUUUGAAGUACCAAACAGACCUCCUCUGGCCUCCCAGCAAAACCCUCAACAAAUCCCUGCUUCUACACACGUUUUCAAAGAAGCAAACAGUAUCACAAAAGACCAGAAAGUAUCAGGAGAAAAGGCAGACCAGUAUGACAUUGAUCUUCAGCCAGUGCAGUCAGAACACCUGGUUCCAGAUAUUCUCACCCCAAGAGAUAAAACUGUUUCUGAUUUCACAUACUCAGAUUUUACAGGAAAUAUUGAAUCGUCUGGGUCAAAAUUUUCAUCUGCUAAUGUGGGAGAAAUAAGUGUUUCUAGCUUGUCCCAGCCGACUAUUCAUUCAUAUGACUGUCCUAGUGAUAUACCCAGCGAUGGAGGAAAAUAUGCUCGCGGAAUCACGCACAGUGCUUCAGAGACUGGCUACACAGCAGCAGAGGCAAUAGAUCGUAACGGUGCAUCCUCUCCAGACAGUACAGAUAAUGAUGAGACUGGGGCAUCCAAACCGAGCAUUGUGACAACAGCUGAAGACUGGGAGGAUGUGCAAACAGUUGAGCCUGGCUUUGCAAAACCCGGAGACCAAUUGAGAGGUUCUUCAAAUGUUGUAGACUCAAAACCGUUGAUAGAAAUAUCUGAUGCCUGGACUCAGUUUGAAAGUUUAGACUAUUCAAGUGUCAAAGAUCAGAUAAAGACAAACAUUGAGAGGAAAGGCUUCUCUGCAUUCUCCCAUCUGUUAUUUGGACCACCAAAGCUGCACAAAGACUUGUUGGAACAAAGAGAUCUGUUUUUUUGCAUUGCAGCAACGCCCAUGGAUAAUGAAAAUCAGAGCCACAUCCAUGUAUUGCAGACAGUGUACAGAUGUUUGACUGGGUCUAAGUUUGACUGCCAAAGGUUUGGUGGACAUUGGGAGGAAAUAGGGUUUCAAGGGAGGGAUCCUGCCACAGAUUUGAGGGGAACUGGUAUGCUGGCCCUACUGCACAUCUUGUUCUUUCUUCGGGAUGCAAGCACAAAGCAAUUAUCAAGAGAUGUGUACAAGCUGUCUCUACACCCAACACAAAAUUUUCCUUUCUGCAUAAUGUCGAUCAAUCUAACCAGAAUCUGCUUGCAAGUCUUCAGAGAAGAACUCUUUAAUAAGGAGUGUAAUCGACGCAAAAAUGUUAUCAGCACAAUGAAUGAUGUACACGCUGCACUGUUUCUGCGAUUGUACCAACUAUGGAAAAAAGGGAAGACCAUUUCAGACUCUGGGUUCGUAUUGCAAGAGGUUGAAACUUAUUGCAGAAAACAUUCAAAAAAUGUUUUUAAAGACAUGGGAAUGUAUGAAAAGUUGAGAAAGCAACAAGGACCUUUUGGAGAACAUAUGGAAGGAGAUCCAUCAUUCUUCAGUGUUUGUAAAGAGGAUGAAUGUGACGACAAGAGUCCUGCUGAACUCUAUUAAUAUCUAGAUGUGUACCAUUAUCAGUGUAAAGUUUGUAUAGAGACAUUUUUGUAAAAAGCUUUUAUUUUGUUCUGUUUCUUAGACAUCUGUUCUUGUUAUUGAUAGAAAGCUGAUUAUGACCAAAGCCAUGCUCAGAAUUGUUCUACCAAUGGAUUUUUUCAUUGUAUUGGAAUCUCCUCCUAAAUUGCAUUCUAUUGUUUUCAUACUCUUUAUAAGGGUUGCCCAUUAUAUAAAAAGGUUUGAACAAUCUUGAAAUCUCGAGAUCUCUCUCUUUUCCUAUUGAGCGAGGCAAGAAAGCAGUUUUCUUAGAUAUAUUAAUAUUUGCUUUGAUGUGUUCAGUUAACUUGAAAAUUGUACUAAACAGUCUGCUAAAGUCUUCAAAAUGUAUGCACGCUUUCUAUGAAAUAAAGAGGGAGGCUGAUUAUUUAAUAUAAUAAAGAACAAAAAUUGGUGCAGGCA